AUCACACACUCUCCCAUCAUUCCAUAAACCUCACCAAAUUGACCAGCUGGUAGUCUAAAACAUCACUCUUUGAAACUCUGGAAAGGUUGGGUGUAAGUCGACAUGCCUCACAAUGUUCAAGCAGAGAGGCAUCGAUUACCCAUCCAAAUCCAAAAUCGUAUCAUUCACUUUUGUCUAGCUCUCACCCCUUCCAUCCCGCCACCUUUGACGGCUGAUGAGCCUGUGACGCCCGAGUGGGACCGAUUGGCUGGGAUGUGUGGGAGAAGAGCUAGGACGAGGAGGAUAAGGGAAAGGUCAGAAGUCCAAAGAUUGGGUUUGAAGUUGAUGAGGGUUUGUAAAGCUUGGAAGCCCCUCGCAGCCAAAUAUCUAUACACUGAACCCCUUCUAACACCUUACAACCUACUCUCUUUCGCUUCUUCCCUCGGUGCGGGUGAAGCUAAAUGGUCCGAUCUCAACCUCCAUCCCCAUUCCACUCCCGGUCGAUAUGUCCGAACUCUUGAUUUAUCGCAUAUUCUCGAUGGGUCUGAUGCUCCUCAUCCUCUCUACGUCACUCGAGCAUGUCGAUCUAUCCUCUCUCUCAUACCUAACUUGACUCAUCUCAUCCUCCCUCCACUCCAUACACAUAUACUCGAAUAUCUCAUCAACGUAGACAAUUGUAAUUUCCCAAAAUUACGUGCUAUCGAAGGAAUCGAUACACAUUUAGUACAAUGUAAAUCUACUUUACGACGAUUAUCUCCUCCUCUGGAACUUCUCAACCUUUACGGAUUAGUCUACGACCCUCAUAUUUCUUCUUUGAAGAAUUCUUCAAUUGAGGAGACGAUCCUGUCCUUUCCCAAAUUGCACACCUUGGUUUGGCACGGUAGUUCUUCAAGAGAUGGUAUAUCUUCAAUGAUAUGUCAUUCGGAAAUGCCAAACUUGUCAAGACUCUCCAUCGCCCCAUGUCAGGAUACUAGAGACGAAUUGGAAUUCAUCAAUAAUUUUCUCGUUUCAAAAGGGACGAGAUUGAUUUCUUUGACAAUUCUUGAACCUCGUGAAUGGCCUCCUAGACGAACACAAUUCCCUUAUGGGAUCCUUGAGUUCUUACCGAAUUUACGACAUCUAAGCGUUCUUUGUACGGGUGAUUUGAAUAGGUUAUUGGAAAAUGCCAAAGAACAUAAAUUGGAGAUUUUAACAAUACCAAAACCAAAUGCUUAUAUACCUUCUCCUUCUCCUUCUCCUUCACCAGCACCUGCUCCUACUCUAGGUCCUCUCAAUCCUUACGGAGGCGGUAUGGUCGGACAAGGUUUAUUAGCACAAAAUGUCGUGUCAGAAGAAGAUUGGUCGGGUCAUACUGGUUUCAGUCAUCAAAUUGAUAAACUUCGGAAUAUUUUGACUCGAGCAGAGAUAAAACCUAUUGCCGUGGUACUGGAUGGGUAUAGAUGGUUACCUCACGAUAUGGGCUUGGCAGCUUUAGAAGCUGGUGUUAGUGGUAGGAUGAGAAGAUUAGCAUGUAGGUUGAAAUCUUACAACGUGGAAUUGAGGGAUAUGAAUGGGAAGCAAGCUCCUUGUUUGGGUGAACAUCAAAGAGGGAGGAGUGGAGCGAGAGGUUUAUCACCUGUUAGUCCUGUACGGUCACCGGAUAGGAAGGGGGUUGGGGAUGGGGAUGGGGAUGAGGAUGGGGGGUGAGUUGGAUGGUUGAAGUCUCUCGAGUAAUUUGGUCAUUGUGUCUUCCUCCCAUUCCUCCCAUCUCAUCAUUUUCCCUUUUCAAAUCACAAGUCAUAAGGUUAUCUAAUGUCUCCAUCUUGCGUCUCACUUCUCUUCAUUCACGUUGCACCUCUCAGAUCGCACAUGUCAACAUUCCAUCCAAUUCUUGUGUUGUAACGACUAUUGUAACAUUAGCUCAGUAGGGAUGACCAACGACCACUUCUUGUUCCAUGCUCUUUUUCUCAUCACCUUGCAACCUUGUCAACCCUUGU